ACAUAUACGAACCUCAAAUUUUCAGCUGAUCACAGCUGACCGGCUUGCUAUGAAUAUGUUCGACAUGGAAGAGUAGUGUAUUUUAAGAUUUUUUUCAAUAUCACGUUUUUUUUUAUUGCUCGAAAGAGUAAUAAAGUGACGAGUAUUUAAAACGGUACAAACUUGCGGGAAAUAUUUAGUAUACGAGAAGUGUACCGAGUAGUAAACUUUAUGCGUUACGUACCAUCUGACACCAAAAGUUUUAGUUCGCUAAACUUUUGUGAUAUAAAAUCAGAUUUCAAGUACCUCGAAUACGUGAAAAGUUAUACCCGAGACUUUGAGUGCGACUUUUACCAUUGAAAUAAAAGAAAAGAAAAAGAGAUCAACGUGGUCGUCCCGUUCUCAUGCGGAAUUCGGUAACAACGAUUCGAGAUGAAACUGUAUUGCCUGUCCAGCGAUCCGACGAAACCAUGUUUGGUCUUGAGCUUCAAAGGGAUUACGCUGAUGCUGGACUGUGGUUUGAACAUGCAGUCUAUUUUGCAUUUUAUGCCGUUACCCAUGGUACCCAGUAGCAAGUUUUGUUCUUUGCCAAAUUGGCUGCCACGUGACAAUCAGCAGGAUUGGCGAGUCGAAGGGGAGCUGAAAGAAUGUUGCGGUAGAGUCUUGGUAGACUCUGUCCCUGAGUUUUCUCCUCCUCUGGAGAAAAUUAUUGAUUUCUCAGAGAUUGAUGCCAUUCUGAUAUCAAACUACACUUGCAUGCUCGCACUGCCGUUUAUAACAGAGGGCACAGGCUUUAAAGGUAUAAUAUACGCCACUGAGCCUACAUUGCAAAUCGGACGGUUCUUCAUGGAGGAACUGGUGGAAUUCAUCGAGCAGACUCCGAAGACAACAAUGGCCAAACAUUGGAAGGAGAUGUUGCAUAUGUUGCCACCUCCGUUGUCGGAUGUCGUUAAGCCAAAAUCUUGGAGGCACAUUUACUCCAUGUCAGCCAUAAAUUCAGCGUUAUCGAACAUCCAGAUGGUUGGAUACGACCAAAAGCUGGACAUAUAUGGUGCUUUGACAGUGACACCGAUCAGCUCGGGCUACUGCUUAGGCAGUAGCAACUGGUUGAUAUCUUGUGACCACGAGAAGGUCGCUUAUGUCAGCGGUUCGUCUACGUUAACCACUCAUCCGCGACCCAUGGAGCAAGCUACGCUGAAGCAUGCCAACAUGUUGAUACUGACAGGCUUGACGCAAACGCCAACUGCCAAUCCGGAUACGAUGCUCGGAGAGUUAUGCAUGACUGUCGCUGUGACACUUCGAGCUGGUGGAUGUGUCUUGAUACCUUGCUACCCGUCCGGUGUGGUGUACGAUUUAUUCGAAUGCCUGAGCACUCAUCUGGACAAAUCGGGCUUCACGCAGGUGCCGCUAUUCUUCAUCUCGCCGGUGGCGGAGACAUCCCUGGCGUAUUCCAACAUCCUCGCCGAAUGGCUGUCGACGAAUAAGCAAAACAAAGUUUAUCUUCCAGAGGAACCGUUUCCACACGCUUUCCUCGUGAAGAACGCCCGAUUGAAACAUUACACGUCCACGUACGCUGAGGGAUUCAGCAACGACUACCGACAACCGUGCGUAGUCUUCUGCGGCCAUCCCAGUCUUCGAUUCGGCGAUGCUGUACAUUUCGUGCAGUUGUGGGGCAACAAUCCCCUGCACACCAUCAUUUUCACAGAGCCUGAUUUUCCAUAUUUGGACGCCCUCGCACCGUUUCAACCACUGGCUAUGAAAGCGGUGCAUUGUCCCAUCGACACCUCCCUCAACUUCACGCAAGCCAACAAGCUGAUACGGGAUUUGAAGCCGGAGCAUCUAGUUAUUCCGGAGGUUUAUACGCUGCCCCCUUUAACAGCGCCGCAUAGAGCGGACCUCGUCAUCGAGACUGUCGAAGAGAAACCCUUAAUUACCUUCAAACGUGGGGAAGUGAUAAAAUUGCCGUUAAAGCGAAAGAAGGGCCGCGUAUUUAUCGAACCGGAACUAGCUAGCAACAUUGUACCUAUUGAAGUGCGGCCGGGUUUGAGUCUCGCUUCUGUUAUCGGUGAACUGGAAGUAAAGGAUAACGUGUACACUAUAAAGAGUAUGGAGGACAGACCAAGUGGGAAAAGAAAAGCGUCAUCGAGCUCUCCUGCACCUGUCAAGGAGGAAGUGAUGAAGGAGCGGAAACACGAAUAUGGCAUUUUGGAUCCCCAAGAGUUGUUGCAAAAGCUCAAUCAAGAAGGCAUACAUGGUGCUAAACUGCAGCACAGUCCGACAUCCACGAGUAUUCAUUUGCAAGAUGAGGACACUCUGAUUCAGAUCGGAGACAAUUCUACGCACAUCUUCUGCAACGGCGAUCAAAAGAUCCGCAAACGACUUAGAACUAUAAUAAUGCAGUGUCUGAAAAGGUUUUAAUGCAAGAUGAUAUGAUACACACAUACAUUAUUUUGACUGACACUGCCUGAGACAAUGUUUUGUAAAAUCACAUUAUAUACAUAUAUAAUUUAUUGUUUCGAAAAGUGUAUAUUUAUUUCUCCACCCACUUUUACAUCGCAAUAUCAAUAAUUUGUAAAUUAAUUAUAAUUUAAAAAAAUCGCAUCUUGAUUCAAGAAUAAUGCCUUCAAGUAUGAUACUUUUUUGCAAAAAUUUGUUUACAUAUAUUUUUAAAUAAUUUCGUAUAAUAGUAAUUUAAUAUAAUCUUCACACAUUAUACACAUCUAGCAAGAUUAAAUUUAAGAUGGCAUAAGUUCCUAUUGAUUCUAAAUCAUAUUAUUACGAUACCUAUGACUAGUGAAACAAUGACUGAAAUUGUUAAAUAUUUUCUAUCAUAGAUGAUAUUCUAAGAUCUCUGUAUAAACGUGAUGGAAAUAUAGCGUGAUUAGAGCGAAUUAAGCCUAUAAAUCGCCGAGAAAGUUGCUCUAUCCUUUACAAGUAGUGUACAAUAUUAUAUUAACGUUUAUAUAUUAGGGUGACUAAUUUCUUGCUGCAUUCCGAACGACCAAGAAAUCUGUAUACUGUUUUAUAUGCACACGUGUUUUAUAUAUACUUUUCUUCAUAGACAGUCUAUG